GUUUAUAUAUUGGUGAUGAUGUGCUAUGACUGGGAGCUAAAUUUUCUUAUACCUUAUGCUGAGUCAUGGCACCAACAGUUGUGUAGUCAAUUGCAUGACGUCAAAGAGAGGAAACCUUCCUACAUGAAGUCUGGGGUUGUGAAAGUUGUUCCUCUGAUCGGAAUGACACAUCAGCUGGAGAG